CGUCCAAAAUCCCCCUGCAGGAGGACGUGCCCGGCCUAAGGCCACGCGGGCCGCGCCCUCCUCGCGCCUGCUGGGCAGGAUGCCGGCGCACGUUCUCGGGUGGGUGACCACGGAGAACGUCACGAGCAACCUCCACCAUGACGGCGUGCUGCCGGCGACGUACGCCACUAACGAGCGCCUCUCUCUGCUCUUCCGGGUGCUGUCCACGAACCGCGACAGGAAGGGCAAGCCUUUCGUCUCGACCGUGGAAGCCAGGCAGUACCCAAUCUACGGCGUCCAGUGGCAUCCAGAGAGGCCGAUUUUCUCUUGGGACGCCGACGAAGGCGGCAUCAACCAUGGAGCCCACGCGAUCGAAUCGAUGCAGUACUUUGCAAACUUUCUGGUCAACGAGGCGCGCAAGAACGAUCAUCGCUUCCCUUCGGCCAACGACGAACGCGGAGCGCUGAUCUACAACUACGUGCCCAUUGGCCAUAGCAGCUUGUCCUGGUACGGCUUCCCUCCCGCCAACGGCUCCGCGGCUGCCGCGGACGCGAGCGUUGGAUGGAGGGACGCGGCAUUGCUCAUCUGACAGACGAAAGCAGACGGGCCGCAUCGCGCACUUCUUUCAGGAGGGGAAUUAUUCACUGCGUGGAGCUCCCCAUAUGUGCAUCUAUUUGCAUGGGCCUGUCCGCCGUGAAUGUCUAGGCGCAAGAGCUUUCGAAUAUAAACGGGCUUCAGUUGUGACGGUCUGGACAUGAAUCUAACUGCGAAUGAAUUGGAGUGUGAGUGAGCCUCAGUAGUACGAGCGCGUCUCUGCGCAUGAGCCUGGGGCCUCCUGGGGCCUCCUGAAACCUGCUGGGGCUUCUGGGGUCUCCAGGAGCCUAUUGGGGCCUCCUGGGACCUCCUAGGGAGGUUUCGUGCCCCAGGAGAGGCCCAAUCUAUAGCAACAGCCG